AUGUCUACCAUCUCUUCCGCCAUCGCCAAGGACCACCGCGAGCUGGAGCAGUACUACAACGAGGUGAUCAACUCCACCAACCACGACCACCAGCAGCGCUAUGGUAACCAGUUCACCUGGGAGCUCGCCCGCCACUCCGUCGGGGAGGAGCUCGUCGUCUACCCUGCGUUCGAAAAGUACCUAGGCGCCAAGGGCAAGGAGAUGGCCGAGAGCGACCGCAAGGACCAUCACCAGGUGAAGGAGCUGCUCAAGAUCUUCCAGGACCUGUCCUCGACCGAUCCCCGCUACCUGUCCAAGCUCAAGGAGAUCUGGGAGCCGCUGUCCAAGCACAUCAAGGAAGAAGAAGAGCAUGACCUGCCCGCCCUCGAGGAGGCGCUGCAGUCCCACCAGGACGCCUCGUCCAAGAUGGCCACGAGCUUUGGACGCACCAAGAUGUUUGUCCCGAGUCGGAGCCACCCCAGCGCCGGCGAGCACCCGCCCUUUGAGACGGUCAUGGGACUCUUGACGGCGCCGUUUGACCACGUCGCGGAUAUUUUCAGGAAAUUUCCCGACCAGACCGUCUCCCCCAACCCGUCCACCAAGUGA